AAAAAUCACACCAACAAAUGGAGAGACAGAAUUGCACUUGCCGCUCUGAACUAACACAUUAAAGACAAUCUAGCCCUGUCGUUGUGUUGUAUAUAGUGAUCAAAAUCCGAUUCACUUCAUUUGGCGCCCUGUCCCUAACCCUAAUCAAUGGAGGAAAACUCUGCAUCUGAAAGGAGAGAGGAGUUUGGGAAGUUGCAGUAUGGAUGCGAGCACUACAAGAGACGAUGUAAAAUUCGAGCUCCAUGUUGCAAUCAGAUCUUUCCAUGUCGUCACUGCCACAACGACGCCAUGAGCUCAUCUAGCAACCCCGUGGAUCAUCAUGAACUUGUUAGACGCGAUGUUAAGCAAGUUAUAUGUUCAAUCUGUAAUACUGAACAGGAGGUUGCCAAGGUCUGUUCUAAUUGUGGUGUCAACAUGGGAGAAUAUUAUUGCGAGAUUUGCAAAUUCUAUGAUGAUGAUACGGAUAAAGGACAAUUCCAUUGUGAUGAAUGUGGGAUUUGCAGGGUUGGUGGUCGUAAUAACUUCUUUCACUGUAAGAAAUGUGGUUCUUGCUAUUCACAGAGCUUGCAAAACAACCACUCAUGUGUAGAGAACUCAAUGAAGAGCUCCUGCCCUGUCUGUUUUGAGUACCUUUUUGAUUCAAUAAAAGGCAGCAUCAUUUUUAAGUGUGGACACACAAUGCAUUUGGAAUGCUAUCAGGAGAUGACAACACAAAAACAGUACCGUUGCCCUAUCUGCUUGAGGACAAUGGCUGAUAUGUCUCAGGACUGGAAACAUUUAGAUCAGGAGAUUGAAGCUUUUCCUAUGCCUGAGGACUAUAAGUUUGAGGUUUCAAUUUUAUGCAAUGAUUGUAACUCUACCAGCAGAGUUUCUUUUCACAUAUUUGGUCAUAAGUGCAGACACUGCAGUUCGUAUAACACCCGUAGGAUUUCCUCACCCGAACAUCAGUGAAGGAAACAGGUGAAUAUAUUUGAUUUUGCUGAUAGUCUUGGCUCAAUUUGUGGGUCAGAUAUAUUGUGGGUGGCCUACAUUACGUGCAAGCAAUUUGUAUUCGCGCAUUGAAGGAAAAUAAAAUAGUGAAUGAUAUUCGAUAUGUCAGUAUCAAUGUGAGUAAAACUGGAACAUCCAAAUUCUCGAUACUUUUCAAGCUUGCUUGAUACUUUAGUAGCCAAAAAGAAAAGAAAUAUUAUUUUUAAUCUGAUGCUAUCCAUCGUUGGUUUACUU